UCGCGCCUGCGGCGCACACAUCCAUAGAAGGCAGAGAAGUAUCGGCGACCCGGCCCGCGGCGCGCUAGCUCGAUCUCUCGCUCGCUCGUUCGCUGCCCCCGGCCCGCUCUCGUCUCCGCGCUGCCGGCCGCGCCCCGCGCCCCCUCAUCGCCCCCGCGACCAAGAGCCGAGAAAGUUUGUGCGGCGAGUGCGGGCCGGAGCGGAGGGCGCGGCCGCGGAGCGCCACCCAGACCCGCGCGGCCCCGGCCGGCGAGAGGGGAGCGCCCCGAGCCCAGGCGGCGGCGGCUAGCCGGAGCCCGAGCCCGAGCCCGCGCCCCCGCCCCCCGCCCGCCAUGGGCGCCGCGGCCCGCAGCCUGCGGCUUGUGCUCGGCCUCCUGCUGCUGGGGACGUUGCUCCGCCCGACCGACGCCUGCAGCUGCUCCCCGGUGCACCCGCAACAGGCGUUUUGCAAUGCAGACGUAGUGAUCAGGGCCAAAGCCGUCAGUGAGAAGGAGGUGGACUCCGGGAAUGACAUCUACGGCAACCCCAUCAAGCGCAUUCAGUAUGAGAUCAAGCAAAUAAAGAUGUUCAAGGGACCUGACAAGGACAUAGAGUUUAUCUACACGGCCCCCUCCUCCGCAGUGUGUGGGGUCUCGCUGGACAUUGGAGGAAAGAAGGAGUAUCUCAUUGCAGGAAAGGCCGAGGGGAAUGGCAAGAUGCACAUCACCCUCUGUGACUUCAUCGUGCCCUGGGAUACCCUGAGCACCACCCAGAAGAAGAGCCUGAACCACAGGUACCAGAUGGGCUGUGAGUGCAAGAUCACGCGCUGCCCCAUGAUCCCGUGCUACAUCUCCUCUCCGGACGAGUGCCUCUGGAUGGACUGGGUCACGGAGAAGAACAUCAACGGGCACCAGGCCAAGUUCUUCGCCUGCAUCAAGAGAAGCGACGGCUCCUGUGCAUGGUACCGUGGAGCGGCACCCCCCAAGCAGGAGUUUCUGGACAUCGAGGACCCGUAAGCAGGCCACCAGCACCCCUGUGGCCAAUUGAAAGCCUCCAAGAGUUCAGACUGGUCCAGCUCCGACAUCCCUUCCUGGAAACAGCAUGAAUAAAACAGUCAUCCAAGUGGGUCUAAAUUAGUGUGAUUCUCCUCCCCACCCCCGUUUUCCUUUUCAACAUCGUUGUGGGUCUGGAGGCAGAGGUGGGUCCCAUACCCCACCCGCCAGCCUGGACACUGCGCAACUCGUUCUCCCAUCCUUGAGCGCGCGCGGGGGCAGGACGCUCGGGCUUCCCUCCCAGGCCCAGCCUUGGCACUGUCACAAACGCUGAGCAGGCAGCACUUAAGGGUCCCCCAGCCUGGUCAGGGCAGAGCCUGGAAGUGUGCAUUUUGCAGAAACUUUUGAGGGUCGUUGCCAGACUGUGUAGCAGGCCUACCAGGUCCCUUUCCUCUUGAGAGGGGCAUGUCCCUCAGUUCCUGCAGCUUCCACCUCUGGCCCCAGGGUGGCAGCCCCUGCCCCUUGUAAGUGCCCUGUACCCCCGCAGACUCCCCCGUGCCCACCACGGACUCCCAGUACCUGUGACUUCUGUGUGUCUGGGAGCAGCCCUGGACCGGUGGCUUGCUCUUGAUGGAGCCCCAGUUAAUCGUAUUAAUCUGCAGAAUUCCAUCGGGAGCCUCCCUCCCAGGCCUCGUAGCGAUGCGGGGACAACGAGCUUCAGCUCCAGCCAAGUCCUUUGAUUCCCAUCCCUGGCCCCCAACACACACCCCAGCCCUUGGCGGAACCUGCCACGUUCUGCCCUGGGGCAGACAUUUGCGGGGGCGGGGCUUGGCUGCCCUUGUAGUUCCUUCCUGAGCUGCUGAGGCCCCUCGCUCCCUGCUUCUCUUUCUGGCCUCCGGCAUCUAGGUGGAGGGGCACCAAUUUGUUUGGCGAGGGGUUGUGUGUGGCUGGUGGCAUGAGCUGGCUGUGCCGUCUGCACAUCCUGAGGACAUCAAAAGCUGGGUCCCGCUCUGUCCCCCAACACGCCUCAGAGGCCCCCAAGCAGGUGCCAGAGGUUUAGAGUAUGACCUCCCUCAAAGACUGACCGUCACUGUGCCAUGCGGGGGUUCCCGAGAGUGAAGUUAACGAAGCGUAGAAUGAAGUCCUCCCCAGGGAAGGACGGAUUUUGGAGGGAGGUGGCGUCAGUAAAAUUCUCAUUGCUUUCUGGGCCUCCAGGACUCUGUGGCCAGCUUUAAGAGACAUUCUUCUAAAGAUGAAUUUUUAGAGAAUAUGUGAACCCAAAUUACAGGUGUACCCACCUCUGCUUAUAUUUCUUGUAUUACGAAGAUCUCUCAGUUAAGAAAGAUCAUAGGGAACUAGGGAACCUAUCUGUUCCCUAAAGGUGAUUUCCUGAUGCCAGUAAAAUGGGAGUUAGCAGAGGCAGAAAUUUCUCAGUAACAGUAAAGAUAAUCUCUUUUUUCUUCCCACUUGUGUUCUAAAGAUAAACUGUUCUGAGUUUAUCAUGCACACUAUGCAAACACACACAGUGAAACUGAAGUCUGUCAGCCUGGGAGUGGUCCUUCUGCAGAAUUCUUCCAAAGUCAUCUUCUAAGCCUGCUCUAUUCUGCGGUGACCCCAAAGCACCUGUAAGGCUCCUGACCCCCCCCACCCACCAGUGGCAUGCAGCCCCCAUGCCUACCCGGGACCUGGUCAGCACAGAUUUUGAUGACUCCCUUUCUAGGGCAGACUAGGGGACUCUCCAGGAAUCCGGCCCGCUCCAAGGGCGUCUUCAUGCUGUACAGUGAUAGAAAGUUUGUAAGAUGUCAUAAUGGACCAGUCCUUGUGAUUUCAGUAUAUACGAGAACACCAGACCCUCCAAUCAGUAUAACACCCCACCCCCGUCUGCUUCCUGUACGGUGUUAUCAUAUGUAACAUUUACUCCUGUUUCUGCUGAUUUUUUUUAAUGUGUUGGUUUGUUUCUGACAUCAGUUGUAAUCAUUCCUGUGCUGUGUUUUUUAUUACCCUUGGUAGGGGUUAGACUCGCACCUUUUUUUUUCAAAGGUUUCUGCAUCGUGGGAGCAUUGGACCCAGAGUGGAAAUGGCGCGGUAGCUAGCCUAUGAUGGUGAUUCCUUCAGACCUUUUCUUCAGUUCCUUGAGUAUCGUUGAUUUUCCGUCUCCCAUCUUUUGUUCUCCAGUUCCAAUUACUACAAAGCAAAGAAUCUUUGAGUAGGUUGGUUCUAAAAGAUGGCCUUUAUAUUCAGUCUACGCACAUCAGUCUUGUAGCCAUGCUGAGCAGAAAAAAAAAGUCAAGAUGAAGUACCUGGUGGUGGCCGAGAGAAGCCACUCAAAUACCCUCAACAGUAAAUAAUUGCCAUAUAUAUAUAGUUUAAGAAGGCUCUCCAUUCAGCAUUGUUUAAUUUAUAUGUUAUGUUCUAAGCACUGCUCUUCCCUCCCUCUAUUCUUGUCUUCUGCAAGCAACUCAAAAUAUUUAAAAUAAAGUUUACAUUGUAGUUAUUUCCAAAUCUUUGCUUGAUAAGUAUUAAGAAAUAUCGGACUUGCCGCCGUAAUUUAAAGCUUUGUUGAUCUUGUUCGUUUUUGUUUGGAUUUUUUUGUUUUUUUUUUUACUUUUGGGGCAAUGUGAUUUUGCUGGAAUAUGAAGUCUGAGACCUUCCUGUGCUGGGAACACGUGAGAGUUGUUGAAAGUCGACAAGCAGACAGCGCAUGUCUCCGAUGCCUUGUGUCAUUCUCGAGUGACCGCUCGGUCCGUGGACAAUAAACAGUAUUAUCAACGAGAA